AUGGAGGCUCCCAUGAAGAGUAAUGUGACCUGUCAUUUCUUUGAUACUGAGAUCGGCCCAUUGCGUCAGAUAAAAGCUUUGAUUACUCCUGACCAUGUGGGUUUAUUCCGGGAUACUUAUGGCCACAUCUUGCCUAUGGUUGAAGACUUGGAUGCUUCUCAGAGGAGUCUGAUACAUACUUGCUUGCAGUUUUAUGAUCCUCAGUUGCGUUGCUUCACUUUUCAAGAUUUCCAGUUGGCUCCUUUAUUGGAAGAGUAUGCUAUGAUCUUGGGUGUUCCUCUACAGCAUUGUGUCCCUUUCAACUCCGACAUACCUCCUCCAGAGCAUAAGGAUAUUGCUAAGGCUCUUCAUCUGGAAGUGUUUGUUGUGAAGGAAAAUCUCUCUUCUAAGGGAGGUCUGUCUGGUUUUCAUCUGGAUUUUGUGGUAAACAAAGCCGAAGAGUGUGCUGCUCAAGGCAAUUGGGAGGCUGUGUGUGCUCUGUUAGCGUUAAGUGUCUAUGGUAUUAUGCUAUUCGCCGAUGAACCAAAGUUCAGGAGUAUGAGUGCUAUUCAUAUCUUUCUGCUAAAGAACCCGGUUCCCACCCUUCUUGGUGAUUUCUAUUUUUCGGUGCACAAUAAGAAUGAGAAACGACGAGGGAGAUUGAAUACCAAGGGUGGCGAUUUUGUUGUUAGCUGUGGGAAAUGCCCUAAUGAACCAUUGUUAGGUAUGAAGGGUUGUAUCAACUAUAACCCAAUUCUUUUGAGAAGACAAUUAGGGUAUGCCUUGACUCACGCUCCUAAGGAUCAAGAUCUGGUGGAAUCUUUUUACUUCCCAGUGCAAGAUAAUCUAAAACUGGUUAAGCAAGCUACUGGAGCUUGGAGGAAUAUUCAGACUAAAGGUGCUACUAUCUAUGGAAAAUGUAACAACAUCUCUUCUUCCCAGUAUGAUAGUUGGUUGCGAGAAAGAGCUCGAAUUACUCUUCUACCUUUCUCUAUGGGAGAACCAUCUGAUCCGGUUAUUGUUGAGUCUGUCAGCAUGGUUGAGUAUAACAGUUUGAAGCAAGAAAAGGGAAAAGCCGAUAAGUUGAAUGUGAAGCUGAGUGAAGGCCUCAAGAAAACAUUGUGCGCUAAGAAAGAAGCUGAGAGAGAAGUUCAAAGAUUGAAUGAGCUACAAAGACAAAGCAAUGAGAGGAUUGCUGAAGAUGUUGAUUAUAUCCGUAAAGUCUGUUCAGGUGAGGAUAUACUGAAGAAAGCUUGCAAGGCUGCUAAGGAGCAGUUAGGAAGAGCUGAAUAUAGGCUUAUUGAGCGCCAGCAAAGGUGGGAAGAAUUGUCUGAUCGCCGGAGACAGGUUGAGAUAGAAAUCUGA